AUGAUCGAGCAACUAAAUAACGCCAGAUCCUUGGCAAGGCCCUUGAGCAGUGCUGUUAUUGGUAGCCGACAGACUGCCAAUAAGAAUGAGGAUCGCGGUUUGCAAACAAGUGCAGCAGUUAAGGACAUUGAUUCUGCUGCGAAAUUUAUCGGCGCUGGAGCUGCCACUGUUGGUGUAGCUGGUAGUGGAGCUGGUAUUGGUACUGUUUUUGGUAGCUUGGUUAUCGGCUACGCUAGGAAUCCGUCCUUGAAACAACAACUCUUUUCAUAUGCUAUCUUGGGAUUUGCUUUGUCUGAAGCUAUGGGAUUGUUCUGUUUGAUGAUGGCCUUCUUAAUCCUUUUUGCUUUGUAA